UUCGUUCUUGGUCUCUUUUAGCUCUUGUUCUUUAUCUUCGUUCUUCGCCUUGUAUAUUCAAUGUUUGUCUUGAUCACGGCGGUUUGGCAUUAUCAAAACCUGUUACAAAAAAAAACGAACACGGCUUUAGUACGAAAACGUGACAUGCCCGUGUUUCAACAUAGUCUUCCUCGUCCUUGUUCUUCCAUGCCUUCCCAAUCCUCAGUCUUUCGUCAGUCCAAGUCUGAGCGCGAUGCUGAGGGCUCUGUCAUCGGCUCCGCGCAGGACAGCGACUCCCGCUCGGCUUCCGUCGAGGAGAUAGUCGCGGUGGUCAAGGUCCCUCCUCAAUCCGAGCCUCGCAACCAGAGGCGGACCACCCUCGAGGACUCGGGGAUCCGAGCGCGGAAGUGCACCCUUACCGGGGAGGAGUUCCGCAAGGCGAAGCGCCUAGCCUCGGUGCCGGGUGUGACCGUGCGCCGUCCCACCCCCGAGCAGUCAGUCUUUGACGCCCCUCCGGGUUUCUUCGCCAUCCACCUCAAGUCCCUCGAGUAUGGGUUCCGCUUUUCCCUCCAUCAGUUAGUCAAAGAUUUUUUCAUCCACUUUGAUUUUCUCCCCUACCAAGUCGUGCCCAAAUCCCAUCGAUACUUGGCGGGGUUCCUUAUUCAAUGCCAAAGGACCGGGGUUCGCCCCGAUCUGGCCCGCUUCUUGCUGCUCUUCCGGUUGGCGAAGUCGUCUGGCCGGGCGAACUCCAACUCGGGCUCGUAUGCCUCCAUCUUCCAAAGGCAAGAGAAGCUCUUCAAGACGCGGAAGGACUCCGCCAAGAGUUGGCUCGCUUGUGACGAACGAGGCGUUGGCGGCGCUCGGCUUCAUCUUCCUGUCCCCGGAAGACACUUAGCGGAGCAUCGAAGAAGGCCCCUCAGGUCAGUGCAAUCUCUUACGCUCGGCCGUGAAAUCAUGCUCUCCAACGCCGAGCGGGUGAAGCUCAUGUUCCUGGACGCUCCGAGCGGCAACUCCAAAGCUCCUACCUCGGGCGGCCGUCCCCCGACUCCACCCGUGAAGCCGACACCCGAGACGGCGCAGAAGAAGAAGAGGAAGGAAACGGCCUCGGCCGCCGACGCCCCGCAGGGGUCCGAGUCCCCCAUGAUGAAGGACUUCGGCCAUCCUAAAUACGUCAAGGCAGCCUUCCCCGCUCGGGUCUCCUUCCUAGAUCGGGACUACGACCCGGAGACCUUCCUGCGCCGCUUCACUCCUCCAACUGAUCGCGCCAAGAUAAAAGAUAUCGACCGGGAGACUCUGGCCUCAGAUACUUUCCACGAGCUGGGCUCGGCGAUGUUGCGCAUGGUUGACAUGAGUCAGCGGCUGCGCGCCAGUGAGGAUGACCGGAGCCGGGCUUAUGUUGAGAUAGCCGACCUCAAUGAGGCGUUGAAGGCGGCCAAGGAGCAAGCUCGCCAGGCCGAGGAGCGGGCUCAGCAGCUCGCGGAGGAGGCUGCUCGCAAGGCGCGCCAGGAGGCUCGCGAUCAGGCCGUGGCCGAGUUCAUAUCCUCGGGGGCGUUCCAGGAUGAGGCCUUCGCCCGCAUGGAUGAUCUACUCAAGGCCUGGGGGCAGACUCCCGAGGGGAAAGCCUUUGCUCGCUUCGAAGGGAAGUCGUGGUACAACCUUGGUCUGUUCCGAGCGCAGCAGGUCCUCUCCGAUAGGUUCCUCGCCGGGAUAGACUUCCCCGAACCAUGCGACAACCCUGACGAGUUUGACACUUCCAUCUACUACCCGAAUGGCGGGGAACCGGCCGGCGAGCAGCCGAAUGCCGAGUGAUAUGACUAAACUUUGUAGUAUUUG